AUGCCUAAACUAGAAGUAGAAGUAGAAGCAGAGGUUGUGGAUGGUGCAACUUCAAAGCGCAGCCAAUAUGAUGCAAAUCCAAGCACUGAUUACAAGCCAAAGCCACAAGGAGAAGCAAAACCAAUCCCUGAUUACAAGCCAAAGCCAGAAGGUGAAGUAAAACCAGUGUAUGGUUCAAAGCUAGAAGGAGAAGCAAAGCCCUACUAUGAUGCCAAACCAAGCACUAAUUACAAGCCUAAUUAUGAAGCAAAAAAAUACACUUACAAGCCCAAGCUAGAAGAAGAGAAAGGGAAGGCUGAAUAUGAGAGAAAACCAUAUUUUGUUCAAACAAAACCAGAAGAAGUAAAGCCUGAAGAGAAAGAACAGCUACUCCCCAUCGGUGUUGAAGGGAUCGUUUUAUGCAAAUCAGAUUCUAAUUACUAUCCCAUAGCAGGGGCUUCAGCAAAAGUAAGAUGUGUAGCAGCUGACGAGGUUGGGCAGGAGAAAACUGUCCCAAUAUGCAGUGUAGUAACUGAUGCAAAGGGUUACUUCUUUACAACAAUAUCUGCUUUAAACCUUAAAGAUUGCAAGGCGUUCCUUGAAAAGUCUCCAUUAGAAAGCUGCAAUGUUCCGACAGAUGUAAACAAAGGGGUAAGUGGUGCUCCUUUUUCAGGCUAUCGUGUUUUGAAUCAGAAGCAUACCAAGUUAUAUUCAUUGCGGCCCUUCUUCUUCACCUCUGAACCUAAAUCAGUCCCUAAUGGUUACUAG